AUGUCAUCACAGCUUCAAAUCCUCCCUUUCCAUUACAGCUUCAUAUCCUCCCAUGUCAUCACAGCUUCAUAUCCUCCAAUUCCAUCACAGCUUCAAAUCCUCCCAUUCCAUCACAGCUUCAUAUCCUCCCAUUCCAUCACAGCUUCAUAUCCUCCAAUUCCAUCACAGCUUCAAAUCCUCCCAUUCCAUCACAGCUUCAUAUCCUCCCAUUCCAUCACAGCUUCAUAUCCUCCAAUUCCAUCACAGCUUCAAAUCCUCCCAUUCCAUCACAGCUUCAUAUCCUCCCAUUCCAUCACAGCUUCAAAUCCUCCCAUUCCAUCACAGCUUCAUAUCCUCCCAUUCCAUCACAGCUUCAAAUCCUCCCAUUCCAUCACAGCUUCAAAUCCUCCCAUUCCAUCACAGCUUCAUAUCCUCCAAUUCCAUCACAGCUUCAAAUCCUCCCAUUCCAUCACAGCUUCAAAUCCUCCCAUUCCAUCACAGCUUUAUAUCCUCCCAUGUCAUCACAGCUUCAUAUCCUCCCAUUCCAUCACAGCUUUAUAUCCUCCCAUGUCAUCACAGCUUCAUAUCCUCCCAUGUCAUCACAGCUUCAUAUCCUCCCAUUCCAUCACAGCUUUAUAUCCUCCCAUGUCAUCACAGCUUCAAAUCCUCCCAUUCCAUCACAGCUUCAUAUCCUCCCAUUCCAUCACAGCUUCAUAUCCUCCAAUUCCAUCACAGCUUCAAAUCCUCCCAUUCCAUCACAGCUUCAUAUCCUCCCAUUCCAUCACAGCUUCAAAUCCUCCCAUUCCAUCACAGCUUCAUAUCCUCCAAUUCCAUCACAGCUUCAAAUCCUCCCAUUCCAUCACAGCUUCAAAUCCUCCCAUUCCAUCACAGCUUUAUAUCCUCCCAUGUCAUCACAGCUUCAUAUCCUCCCUUUCCAUUACAGCUUCAUAUCCUCCAAUUCCAUCACAGCUUCAAAUCCUCCCAUUCCAUCACAGCUUCAAAUCCUCCCAUUCCAUAACAGCUUCAUAUCCUCCCAUUCCAUCACAGCUUCCAAUCCUCCCAUUCCAUCACAGCUUUAUAUCCUCCCAUGUCAUCACAGCUUCAUAUCCCCCAAUUCCAUCACAGCUUCAUAUCCCCCAAUUCCAUCACAGCUUCAAAUCCUCCCUUUCCAUCACAGCUUCAUAUCCUCCCAUGUCAUCACAGCUUCAUAUCCCCCAAUUCCAUCACAGCUUCAAAUCCUCCCUUUCCAUCACAGCUUCAAAUCCUCCCAUUCCAUCACAGCUUCAUAUCCUCCCAUGUCAUCACAGCUUCAUAUCCUCCCAUGUCAUCACAGCUUCAUAUCCUCCCAUGUCAUCACAGCUUCAAAUCCUCCCAUUCCAUCACAGCUUCAUAUCCUCCCAUGUCAUCACAGCUUCAUAUCCCCCAAUUCCAUCACAGCUUCAUAUCCUCCCUUUCCAUCACAGCUUCAUAUCCCCCAAUUCCAUCACAGCUUCAAAUCCUCCCUUUCCAUCACAGCUUCAUAUCCUCCCAUGUCAUCACAGCUUCAUAUCCCCCAAUUCCAUCACAGCUUCAAAUCCUCCCUUUCCAUCACAGCUUCAAAUCCUCCCAUUCCAUCACAGCUUCAUAUCCUCCCAUGUCAUCACAGCUUCAUAUCCCCCAAUUCCAUCACAGCUUCAAAUCCUCCCAUUCCAUCACAGCUUCAAAUCCUCCCAUUCCAUCACAGCUUCAUAUCCUCCCAUGUCAUCACAGCUUCAUAUCCCCCAAUUCCAUCACAGCUUCAUAUCCCCCAAUUCCAUCACAGCUUCAUAUCCUCCCUUUCCAUCACAGCUUUAUAUCCUCCCCUUCAGUUAUGGCUUCAUAUCCUCAACUCCCUCAUGGCUACAUGUUAUCCCUGACAGUGUUUUGCAAUCUGAUCACUGCUUUACCACCUUGCUUGCUAUGGAAAUAUUCUAG